AUGUAUUCCUUAGUAGAGCUAGCCAACAAUUCUUACGAUAUUGUUCCAGCAAAUAAUGUUAUCUCUUUGGAUGAUACUGAUACUUGUGUCGUAAAAUAUGCAGGAGGAAAAAAAUUAAAAGGCCGGUUUAUCUUAACAGCUAAAACGCAAGAAGAAUUAAAUACAUUUAGAAAGAAACUAAUAUCACCAAAAAUAUCUAUUAGAAAAUGUGAAAUAUUAAAAAAUAAAGUGGUAAAAAUAUCAAAACGCAACUACAAUCAUAGUCAUACUGGAAAUACAUUAAACUCAGCAACAACAUCAACAGCCGUCGAUAAAAAAUUAACACCAGCAAUUGAUAUAAACCUUUCUUAAAUACAAGUACCUAACAAUAAUGAUAACAACAAUAAGCAAACAAAUGUGUAUCACGUGGUUUCUGAUCUUCUUUCCUCAACUCCCAAAAAUAAGUUUUGUCUUUCAAGUGAUCUUGAAAGCAGUGUCACAAGUGAAAUGUCUAGGAUUGCUGAAAAAGUCACUAAUGUGAUUGGAGAUAAGUGGUUAAAUAAUUCUAAUCAAUCUAACUCUUGUAUUUCACAUGAUAAGAUUAGUAGCGCCGAAAUUUUAAAAUCUAAAAAAAUUCAAAUGUCACCUAAUAUAGAUGACUCUCAAAAUUUAACUUCACCUUUCGAAACUUUACAUGAAAAUUCCAUCAAUCCUGAUAGUGAACAAAUUUCUGAGCAACUAACAUUUGAAAAAAAUACUGAAGCGAGUAGCUUAAUAGAGAACUCCCAAAAUGAUCCUGAUUACAGUCAAGAUGCGAGCUUUAGUGGUGAAAAUAUUAACUCCUCUAAAAAUGAUAAAAAUUGUGAAUCUUUAUUAACUGAGUGUGAAAGCCAAGAUGCCUCAACAAUUAAUGAACCUGCAACUGUGGAUCCGAGAAAUUUAAAAAUUUUGACUUCGAAAACCAAACAAAAAAAAUUCAGAGUAAAAAGUUAUUUUUGCCCGUAUUGCCAUUCUGUACAAACUAAAUUUGCUCGGCAUUUAGAAUUGAAACAUAAAGAUAAUCCAGCAGUUCAACAAUUCAUAUCGUAUGAUAAGAAAAACAAACGACGAGCUCAACUAAUUGCUAUCAUUCGGAAAGAAGGACGUUAUCUACACAACACAAGUAAAGAAUUUAACACCGGAAUUCUCAUGACUGCUCGGCAACGCCAGAGAGGAAAAAAAUUUAAAAAAAAAGCUAGUGAUUAUGUAUGCUGCGCUAAAUGUAAAGAUUGGUAUUCUAAAGCUACAAUUAGGAUGCGUUUCGUCAAAUGCGAUGAAAAUCACAAAAAAGGUGAACGUGAAAUCUUAAAAAAAGGACAACGCAAGGCAAAUUUUAUACAUUCACGCGCUAACGAUGUACUGCGUCGAGAUAUCUUUCCUGUAUUUAAAGACGGAAUUUUGAAAGAAACGAUUGCGUUUGAUGAAUUUCUCAUCUUGUAUGGAAAUAAGCUUUGCGACAAAUAUUCACACAAAAGAGAGUAUGAUAUGAUUAGGGCAGAAUUAAGAUAUCUUGCUAAGCUUUUAAUUGCUGCCGAAAAAAUUGAUAGUAGUAUCAAAGAUUAUUCUUCAUUGUUAAGACCGAAACAUGUUGAAACAGCUAUCAGAGCAGUGAAAAAAGUUGCGAAAUGGGAUAAAAAAAAAUCUAAGUUUAUAACACCGUCAAAUGCAACACGACUAACUACAUCCAUCAAAAAGAUUGCAUUGAAAUUCCGUUCAGAAUGCAUAAAAAAUGAAAAUGAUCAUCUGAAAAAAAAAGUAGAUAAUUUUAUAGAACUUUGGACUGAAGAAGUUCCAACCCUUAUAAAUAAAAAAGCUGUCCAAGACCAACAGACUUUACGCAGGAACAAUGAGGAAGAACUUCCUGAAAAAGAAGACAUCAAACUUUUGUAUGAUUAUUUGAAACAAAAAUGCUUGGAUUGCUUAAGCAAUCUUAAGGAAUCAUUUCAUUUAUUAACUUAGGAAUCCUUAGUUAACUACACAGCAGUAUUCGUCCAAAUAUUUAACCGGCGCAGAUCAGUUGAUGUUGAAAUGAUGGUACUAGAUGAUGUGAAAAAACCAAUCAAAAUAAACAGAGAGAUUAACCCCGACAUUUUUGAGAAAUUAUCGAGUGAAUCAAAAAAAUUGGCCGAAAAGUUCACUCGGAUUAUAACGCGAGGUACACGCGGUCGGCCAAUUCCUGUGUUGCUUCACCGCUUUGUCGUAAAGUGUAUUAAAGCAAUUAAUAAGUAUCGUAUUCAAGCUGGAGUCAAAAAAAAUAAUAAUUAUGUUUUUUGUCGGGCAACUUCCAACUCUUUCCAUAAACCGUACAUUAGAAUUUAUCCUCUGUUACGGAAAUAUGCUGAAGAAUGUGGUGCUCAAUAUCCAGAACGACUGAGGGCGACAAAACUACGUAAGCACGUUGCUACGUGUACCGCCAUGAUUGGCUUAGAUGAUAUGGAUGUAGACCGGUUGGCCAAUUUUAUGGGUCACCAUUAGGAGAUCCAUAAAAAUAUCUACAGAGUAGAUGUACCAGUUGCAGAAAUCACUCUUGUUGGCAAGUUAUUGAAAUCAGCGAUGUCUAGUCGAAAGAAUAAAAACUCUGAAGAAAAGUAUGAAAGUAGCAGUAGUAGUGAUGAUAGUAAUGAUGAAUAUGAUGAGGACAGUGAAAACUGUAUUUUAGAGCCAGAAUUAGAACAAAGUAACGAGAGAAAAGUGUCUGUCAAAAUAUCUCACCAGUUAAACAAGCGCCAACGUACUAGUACUGAUGAAAGGAGUAAGAAGAAAAGAAAGAUUAGCUCUCGCACCGAAAAUGUCGAAGAACUUGAGAAACGUAAAAUUAUACGAAAUCAAUGGACUGAUGAGGAAAACGCUGCUGUCGUUAAUGAAUUUGGCACACUAGAACUAUUAAAAAAGGUGCAAUCUGUCUCCAAAUGUCAAAAUGUUAUUAAUAAUAAUCCAGCUUUAAAAAUAAGAACUGUAGAACAAUUGCGAGCACAUAUUAAUAAUCAACUUCGAAAACGAGAACGCUUAAAAUCAUCUACAAAAAAUCUAGAUGAAUAACUUUCUAAAAAAAUUGGUUAAGCUUAUAAUUUAUGUUCUAUGUUAUGGUGAUCAAGUAUUUUUUUGUAUGUUUAUUUUGAAAAAAAUUUUCAUUAAAUUUUCUCAGACAAAUGUUGAGAAAAAAUCCACUAUACUAUUGAACGUAUAAAUUCAUGCCGGUUUGAGAAUAAGAAUUCUCAUAUAUUAUGAAGUGAUUAUUUAAAGCUGACCUAACAAAAUGCGUAUAUGAUUUCAAGAAAUACUUAC